AUGGAUUCCCUACUCUCUUUCAAGCGCCUUGCCGUUGCUUCACUCGUUUGUCUUGCACCCUCCUUUUCUGCUGCCCAGAAUGGGGCUACGGAUUCAGCGCUCCAGUCUUGCUUGACCAAUGCUGGUGUGCGCAACAUCAUCAACUCUGACAGCACCUGGGCCACCGAAGUGGUUCAGUUCCAGAAGCGAAUCACGCCCAACCCGGCCUGCAUUGCCUUCCCAGAGACCAAUGACGAGAUUGCCCUCUCUCUCGAUUGCGCUCGCAAUGCUUCCGUCAAAGCCUCCGCUCUUGGAGCUGCUCAUUCCUUCCAGGGCUAUGGCUUUGGCGACAGCGGAAACUUAGUCAUCAGCAUGGCAGCCUUUGACUCUGUCAGCUAUGACAAGUCCACCAAGCUGAUGAAGUUUGGAGGCGGCACUCAUGUUGGCCCUGUGCUGAAGUAUCUUUGGGACACGGCGGGACGUCACAUUCCCCACGUCCGUGGCGCUCACGUCGGUGUCCCAGGCUCCAGCAUUGGAGGCGGCUUCGGAAGCACAUCCCGUCAUUAUGGCACACCCAUGGACAACCUUGUGUCCGUGGAGUACAUGCUCUACAAUGGCACCAUUGUCAACGCCAAGAAGGGAUCUGACCUCUUUUGGGCUGCUCAAGGCGCCGGCGCUUCAUACGGCAUCAUUUUGUCCAUGACUACCAAGACUCACAAGCCAAAGUAUGAGAAGGCCGUCAACUUUACACUCUCCAUCGGCAACGUCGACGUAGACGCUGGUGCCAAGGCUCUUAUUGCUAUCCAGGACUUUGCCACCAGCUCUAGUUGCCCGGAUGAGCUUGCUCUUCGCUGGAGCCUCAGCGCACCCCCCUACAGCGGCACUGGCUACUUCUACGGAAACCCCAAGAAGUUUGACAAGGUCAUCGAGCCCCUGUUCAAGAACCUGAAGGCCAUCAGCAACGACACUGUCAUCCAGAAGAGCGAGCUGGGUUUCUGGGAUAUGGAAGUCGCCGUGGCCGGUGCCGGUAUGAACGCAGCCAACGGUGGCGCUCUUGGAGGCCGUGCCUUUUAUACCCAGGCUCUAACGACGACCACCGAUCACCCCCUGACGUUUGAACAAGUCCGCACUCUCUACACCAGCACGACUCUGGCCUUUAACCGCACUGACCUACGAAAGUCGGGAUUCUUUGACCUCUGGGGUGGUGUCUCCCGGGACAUUUCCGACUCCGACACCAGUUACGCUCACGGCAAGAACCUCUGGCUCAUCCGCUGGGAGGCCAACUCAGUUGAUCCCACUAACUAUCCCGCUGACGGGCCCUCGUACAUGAAGGGUCUGAUUAAGCCGUUCGAGCAGGCUCUGACGGAUUCUGGUGCUUCUCUUCGGGGCUUUGUCAACUACGCCGAUACGGAGCUUACCGAGGAGGAGUGGAGCUCACGUCUCUAUGGAGCAAACUACGACCGCCUCAAGAAGAUCAAGGCCAAGUUUGACCCCGAAGGAUUGUUCAUCAACCAUGCCCAAUCAAUUCCUCUUCCUUAA